UGAAGAAGGUAAAUUUCAGGAAAGCUAUGACAGAAGGCAGGCCUCAGAACACUGAAAAUAAACUUCCCGUCAGAAACCAGCCUUCUGUCUUUUUUAUGUGUGUAGCGCUGAACUCGGUCCUGUCUGAAGGUGAAAUGAAACAUCCAGAGAAGCACCUGCCCGGAUUCUCUCAGCUCCCCAGGUCAACAGCAUCCUCCACCCCGACUGUUACACCCGGCAGUCAAAAGGGAUCAAGCGUUAUCCAGAAUCCGUUAGAUGGACCAGGACACCCGGGCCACCGAAGGAAGACAGUCGGAGUGUGGGUUUAAAAUCCGGGCAGAGGCAGCGCUGCUACUACUGAUGUGCCCUUGACAAGUCGCCUAUGAUCACUCAGACCCCUCAUCCUCUGGACGAACCGCGUCCAGAGCUACGCAGAUGCCCCUGCAGGCCUUACCCUUUAACACCCCCACGCGGUGAGGACACGCGGGGGUCUCAGAAUAGUCGCGAGCCAGGGGCUGUUACACCGCCUGGGAAGGAAGGGGCUCGCUCCUCCGGGAAGGGGGGUCCCACCUGUUAUGCCGUUGGGGGUCAUCGAGGGGCCGUGCUGAAGGGAAUCCCAAAGCCGCGGACUCUUGGCCCCGCUGCGAUCAGGCCAGGAGGGGCGGAAGUUGGGAAGAGGAGUUCCCGUUCCUAAGGCGCUGGCAUCGCUCCUCCUGCUGCUUCCCUGUUCUGACCCAUUCCCGGCGACGGAGGAUGAAGGUGGCGAAAGAUGUUUGGACAGCCGUCGCUCUCCUCCAUGCUUUUCUCCUGCUGCUGGUUAGCUUGGAUGGUGAUGGUGUCACCUGGGGUCCUGGAAUCUCUGGGCCCGCAUCCUCACUACCCGAGAAUGCGUUAGAACGGCACAUUCACGACCACACCUAAACCUACGGAAUCAGAAACGCCACUAGUGGGGUCCUUCCUGAAACCUGGUUAACAAGCUCCCAAGGUGAAUCUGAUGGCCGCUUUCCCUAAGCUGUAGAGACCCCUUUUCGUGUAUGGCGCUGAAAAUUUAGCGUCCUCUGUCCCCAAAUACAGUGAAAAAUCGGA